AUGUUAAUUGUUAAAAAAUGGAACUAUUUGAAAAAUUUAAAUGACAAUUGGCUACUAUCUCUACCAAAACCUUUAACAACUAUUGCAAUAGUCAAUGAAAAAAAAAAUCAACUAUUAAAUUCAAAAUUCCCUGUUAUACUAUAUAAUACUAAUGUUGGUGCUUUGGCAUCAAUUUAUCAUCAUUUAAAUUCAAUUUUAUUACAAUCUUUUUUACUUUCAACAGGUAAUCUCAGCAUCAGUGUUAGCAUAGGUGAAAACCAACUGUUUAACUCCAUCAUGAAUUAUAUUAUCAUCCAUUCAAAGCAAAUUGUUGGAAUAAUAAAAUCAAAUGAAAAAUCAAUAUGGCCACCUUCAAUACUAGCAUUAAAAACUGCUGCACUAUACUUGAAUGAUCCAAAAGAACAAAAUGAAGUUUAUAAUUUAUCGUUAAAAAUACAAAACCAUACAGGGAUAAGGAUAUUAUAA